UAUCCAGCCCCGCCGACACACCGCACAAAAGAAACUAGGCAGUUUCAAUCAUGUCUCUCUUAGGCUGGAGAUGUGGUGGGGCGCUGUUGUUGAAGUUAAAGUUGAAGUUGAACACUAUAGCUGCUGCUUCUUCUGCUACUGCAAGUGCUAGUACUACUUCUUCUUCCCUCAUAAAUCUAAUCCGCCACAACAGUAAACGUUGCUUAUCCUUCGCCAGCAACCAUGAAGAAGAAAAAAAUUCUCAUUCUCAAUGUCCUCAUCAGCACAGCAGCAGCAGCAAAGCCCGAAUCUUGGUACGCGGCCGUAACCGCGGAGAUAAAGGUAUGGAUUUUUAUUCUGCAGAGAUGCUGAAUGAGGGAGGCAGCGUUAACAUAGGACCCGCCACUCUUGUUGCCACGGUUCCUUUUGACUAUCUUUAUGGAAACGAUGUUCAAUAUUGUAAACUCGUCAAUGGUUUUCUUUGUUUUCAAAAUAUGGAAGCUGUAAAUAUCUUGAAUCUCAGCGCUCCCCCACAGAGUUUGGCUCUUUGUAGUCCAGUAAGCAACAUUCAAUUUAGCGGUUUGGGCUUUGAUCCUUUGUCCAACCAAUUCAAGUUCCUCAGUUGGCCUAGGGGCAACACAGAAUCUCCUAGCAUUUUCACGUUUGGUAACUGCAAUGGCAACGACAACGGCAACGUAGGAAGUAAUAGUUGGAGACAGUUAGCUCCUGAAGAAUUCUACGGAGCUGACUUAUUAUGUAAUAAAUUUUUUCGUAAAAAAAUUGGUGUUUCUGCUAAUGGUGCACUGUAUUGGCUUACCUAUUGGGUUACCAAUCGUGACAGACUGCCACCCAAAAUAGUGGCAUUUGAUCUUCACGACGAGAUUUUUAGAUUAGUCCCUUAUCCUGAUGGUGCUAAAUCAGACUUACGCAACCAUGUUGGACAUCUUGCUGCGGUUUGUGGACGCUUGGCUUUCAUAGAAAAGUUGCAGCCUGACAAAUUGAAUAUUUGGAUAUUGCAGGAGGACUACCACAAUUGCAACUACUCUUGGGUUAAACAAACUAUUCGUUUUCCUUUUGAUUGGUCUGAACUGAAGCGAUGGAGUCGCAUUCUUGCCAUCAACACUAACACCGAUGAGAUCUUUCUGGAAUUAGAUGUUAACCAUUGCUCUUUAGUCUGUUAUAAUACAAAGACAGAAAAUAUGAAGCGACUUGAAAUCACGGGAUUGCCUCAUUGGUCGGAACCUGUCCAUUGCAAAUUGGUCGGCAUUACCUUCGAUGAUGAGAGAGGCUGUGAUGCAGAUAAGGUGGUUUUGAAUACUUAAAAGGAAAACUGCCCUACUAUCUUGACUGAAAUCUUGGAGCAUGUGGCUUGAGCUAGUGAACAAUCUUUCAUCCUAUGCCAACAUGGAAAUGAAGCCUAAAAAUCCUGUAUUUUGAAAAACAACUGAAUCAUCAAAACUUUCAUAUUGUGAAUUAGAAACUUUUAGAAAGAACUGUGAUAGGUUUUAUUUCAAAUAAAUUUCCAAUCCUAUGAUCCUCUCUUUGUACAAUAUAUCGUGACAAGUUUUAUUUCAUAUGAAUGAAUUCUAAAUUAGAGACCUUUA